UUCCUGGACAACUUCAGCAGCGGGCGGCGCGGGGCCACCUCGGCCGAGGUCUUCCUGGCGGCGGGCUACGGGGUCCUGUUCCUCCACCGCGCUCGCUCUGCCUUCCCCUUUGCCCACCGCUUCCCUCCCCAGACCUGGCUGUCAGCGCUGCGGCCCACCAGCCCAGCCACUUCGGGCUUACUGAGCCUGGAGGUCGAGGAGAAGGCGCUCCCGGGCUUCGCGGCGGCUCUGAGGCGCUACCAGGAAGCGGCGGCCGCCGGCACCUUCCUGGCGAUAGAGUUCACCACUUUGGCGGACUAUUUGCAUCUGCUGCAGGCUGCGGCCCAGGCGCUCAAUCCGCUAGGCCCCUCUGCGAUGUUUUACCUGGCCGCGGCAGUGUCAGAUUUCUAUGUUCCUGUCUCUGAAAUGCCUGAACACAAGAUCCAGUCAUCUGGGGGCCCACUGCAGGUGAUGGGCGCUGCUCUUCCAGAAAUCUGAUCCCCUGUAAUCAAUCUUGGGUUAACCUCCUGAUCUGGAGACGGCCUUUCUGCAUUUCAUACGAACUAGGCACUAGGGAUACGGAAAUGAGUAAGAUACCGUUCUCCCUCAAGGACCUCACAAUGUAGUGAGGGACCUGAACACAGACAUAAUUACAAUACAGAGGGAUAAGUGUUCUAGGAGAGGAACAUACAGAGUGAAGUCAAAGCAGGAGGUGAUUGAAUCUUGGGAAGUCCGGGAAGGCUUUCUGGAGAUAACUUGAACUGAGAUUUAAAAGAUGAGCAGAGGGUAUACCAGUCAAAGUGGGGAAGGUCAUUCCAGAUAGAGUACACAACUGGAGUUUGGGGAUGGGCAGUGAUUAUGAACUGAAGUUGGUCGAUAAGGCCAGAGAGCAGGGAGAGUGGUGGGAAUGGAGAGCAGAAGAAGCAGCUUAAUUCAUAGAAGACUUUCUAUUCCUUUUUAAGGAGCUAGGACUUUUUAUCCUGUGGAGCCAAGGGAAACAUAAGUAGGAGAAUGAGAGUGUUUUUGUUUGAGAAUGUUAUGGCAUGAGUUUGAAAGGUGAAUUAGAGAGAGAGGCAAGGGUUGAUUAGAUGGGGGCUAUUGCUGCUUAAGGAGGCGGUAUAGGGAGUGUAGUAGGGUGAUUGAGAUAGGAGGUAAUCUGGCUUCUUGUAAUCUGAGGGAGUUCUUAGUCAUUUACUGGAUGAUACAAAUAGAAUUUAAAUAGGAGAAACUCUACCUGUGGGGCACUUACUGACUUUGUAGGAUAGUUCAUUUGUUUCUUCAACAAAUGUUUCUUUAUUGAGUACCAACUAUAUGCCAGGCACUGUUGUAGGACCUGGAGGUAAAACGGGAAAGAAAUAUACUGUGUCUUUGUGUUGCUUAUCCUCUGUAGAGGAGACAGUACUAUGUUAGGUAGUGAUAAAUGCUAAGGAGAAAAAGUGGAGAACGGGGUGUAUGAUCCCUAUCCCACUUUAUAAUUUUUUGAGGGGAAAACCUGAAAAUUUGUGAUGUCAUGCUAUUUAAAUUAUGGGAGCUUUAGUUUAUCUUUUAUUUUUUUAGUUCUAUCUUGGAAGUGCACAAAACAACUCAACAUUCUUUUGAGAAGGGAUUGAGAAUGGUCUAGUAGACGUUGUGAUCAAAUGAAAAUAAAGAAAAUCAGUUAUAAGUGCUAAGAUGUGACAAUUUUUAAAUGGAAUAGCUAUUCUGUCAGUGCAAGAAAUAUUUUAGGCUGAGGCUUAAAAACCCAACUUUAUUUGAGCUUCUGCCAAAGUAACUUUUGCAUGAGUAGAUUAUUUGUUUACAUGGGGGUUUGGCUUAAACAAUAAAGGGAGAUGUUUGAGAAAGUG